CAAAAACUAAGAGUCACAUGCAAGCCACUUUUAACAGUUUUCAUUAUGGGGAUACUCUAAAAUUCAAAGAAUGGCUGACGGAUUUACCCAUGACGGAGAAUAAUGCUGUUUAUCUUGGUACACAUGAGGAUACUUCACUCAAUAACCCAAGAGUAUGGCUGUCCCCAACAUGUUUUCCCUGAUCUUUGCCUGUACCUGCGGGGUGAUCCUGGGCAUCGGUUUCUGUGCCAACCUACUGGUGUUCUCUCUGUUUGCCAAGUACAACACCCUGAGGAAGAACUGUCUGGACAUCCUGCUGCUCAGCAUGGCUCUGGCAGACUUCCUCACCCUGCUGCUCAUCCCCUUCACCCUGCACUCUGCCAUCAGCUACUCGUGGCCGCUGGGGGACACCUCCUGCAAGGUGUACCAGUUCUUUCUGGCCUUCUCCCUGGCAGCCAGCACCUACAGCCUGUGUGCCGUGUCCAUGACACGAGCCAUGAUCAUCACCAACCCCUACCAUCCUCCUACCAUGGACCUGGUGGUCCUGAUGUUCGUCUUGGUCUGGGCAUCAGCCUUCUUCAUCAGCCUGCCUCUGAGGAUCUUCGCCACCAAGGAGAGCCUGAGCCCCGGCUUGGGUAAUUUUACUUUCUGCCUGCCCACCAUACAGGAACACCACUAUCAGGUGGUCCUCAGCCAGUUCAUGCUCUACUACUUCGUCCCUAUGCUGGUGAUCGCCUUCAACUACGUCCGGUUGGCCUGCUUCCUCCACAAGAGCCCAGUCAUGUCUGUGGCCAGUGCCCGCAACACACGCCGAGCCUCCUUUAUGGUGUUCCUGGCGGCCGGGACCUUCUCCAUCUGCUGGCUUCCCGGGUACAUCCUGGAGCUGUGUGUGUACCUUGGGCUCUACCGCCACGGCCAGUCCUGGGAGAUGUUCUACUUCAUCUGCACCGUGCUUCAGUACCUCCAUCCCUGUGUUAACCCUGUGCUCUAUGUGCUGCUGUCCAAGAGGUACCGCCACCGCAGGAGUGCCUGGUUGUUUAACUGCAACAGGAAUAGGGUGCAGCCGCAGGUUGUCAGCAUCACUACAGAGACUGUGUAGACGCACUGGUCACGAGGGGAGCUGGCUUUGCUUUGAGAUGGUGGAAAGCCUAAUCUCGCCACCCAGGACGAAAUAUGGUGUGCGUAUUAUUGGAUGAUGUUGAUACUGUCUGAAUAUGAAUACAGCACAUUACAUUGCAGUGCAGUACAUUAGCUCACAUUCAUCUGUGAGGUUCCUGAUGCAGUCUUUUUGUGUUGGUGUUUUACCGAUCUGUUUAUUUUAGUUUGUACAGUUACUUUCCGCUUCUUCUUUUUGUGUUUCAUUCUUGCAGGAACAGAUUGACAUGUACUGUAUGCAGGAUAAAAAGCGAGUAAAAUGUUAUUGUUUUAAUGUUAAAAUUGUUUUAUUUUCUGUUGUCUGAUAUUCUGUACUUUGUCAUUUAGGACAAAAAAAAUUUAAUUGAAAUUCCAUUGUGUUCAAACAAUCAGGGAUAAAAAAAAAAACAUUAUUUCGAUUAAUGAAUUAAAACUUUUUCCCCAAAAAAACAUUUCAAUGAUUUAUGACUGAUUUUCAGAUGGUUUUUUUAUGCAGAAAUUACUUUUAGAACACAACGAGAUCUGGGACCAGACUAUUGAAUUCCCCAGCUAGUGUAACAGUGUAAUUACAUUGUUAAAUUCUUGCAUAAAAAUGGGUAUAUGCCACCUCCUGGUAGAUUAGUGUGUUUACAUUGUCUAACACACUCUGUGAUAAAGGUAUGGGAUUCUGGGUGAUCCAGAGCAGAUUUAUUGAGAAUUGCUGGGGGUAAAUUGAAAAUUGAAUGGUCCCGGGAUAGAAAUGUAAAAAGUUGGCAUUACAUCAUAAAAUCCACAUUUUACACCGUACAUUAGCAAUUUAUGUUAUUAGUAGCAACUGAUGUUGGUUUGGCGUCAUUUGCCGAAUCUCAGUUUUCCAUGUGGAUUUUAUGCUAGCUAAAUAAAGUUCCCUCUGAAGUUGGUAGCUAACUCAAAAAUGCAUGUUCUUUAGGAGUGCUAUUUAUUACCCCGUCGACGAAUGAGCAUUCAUCUAUAGUGUGUGUGUCCCAUCAUUGCAGGUAAUUGAUGACAUGUGUAAAGAAUAUGUUUUAUAAACUCAUAAGCACCAGCCAGCGUAUUAGCCUGGUUUUGUUAGUUUAGGAAAAUAUGUGGUACAUUCCAGGUGUAUUAUAUUUCUUCGCCACGAGAGUGUGACAUUGAGUAAUUUCGGGAUAAUUUGAUAUAUUUU